AUGCAGGAGUCUCCCAAUGGUAACAACCGCCCUAACUUACAAGCAGGGCUGCAUUCCAACUCGGUCUCAGGGGAUCUAGUGUUUCACAUACCAGCACCUCCCAUCCACAAUCCCAGCAUCUUCUGUGAUCACGCUCGCGCAGUGGAUCCAAUACCACCAUCUCCGAGACCCAUCACCACCGCUUUUGAGGGUGGGCUGAGUCAGUCAGGUCAGUCGAGCUUGGGUGCUUCCAGCUUGACUAAUCUUAACUACCAGCCCAUGUUACCUGAAAAAUUGGUAUUGAAGCGACUACUCGACUACAAGUACAAAAAAACUGCGAAGCAGACCAAGUUUCUCGACCCCAUGAUGAUAACAUUAUGCCCUCUGGCAUUGGCCCCAAUCAUCUUCUUACCAUUUCAAAUUGUGGAUAAGACGAAGAAAAACGCAUGGGAGUCUAUGAUGCGAUCAUUAUUUCAGGUCUCGUUGUUCCCUUCUCAACUUCAACUCCAUACAUUGGCGCAAGAAGCACUCAACAGUGUGGUGUCCGCCUCCAACAAUGACGAACUGGUGAAAUGGAAGCUUAGGAAGGAGGGCCAGUGCGAGAUCAGCAGGUUGAAGGGUGCCGUGAAAACCAUCUACAAUGGCUUCACGAUCAUCAAUCAACCACUUAUCACUGCCGCAUACCAGCUAUCACUCGACGUAUCUGUGGUUUUGGCCAUUGCGUCAUGCAUUACUCAAGCAACCACCCUACUUUCGAACUUCACAUUUUUGGAUGGAUUUAUGGAGCACCAGAUGGAAGAUGGACGACUUGAGCUAUUCGUCACCCCAUUUGCGAAUCAUGCGCUCACCGCAUUCCUCAAAUAUCUUCUUCACCAGCAACAACUCAUUCAAUAUGUAUCCUUUAGCACAGAAGGUUGGCCCUGUUGCCUCAAGAACACAAUCACAGUGGCGGGAACAUUUUGUGGCUGGGGGUUGAGGCGAUGCCUCAAGACUGGGUGGUUUGCGGAUGCCGAGUUCGACACCCCAGAUAAUGAAGCUUGUUAUGCAGCGAUGAUAUCGCGAAUUGACAACCUUGCCGGUAAUGAGAAGAUAUUUUCUCAUCAUAUACGCGUGAUUGAUGCGCCUUUUGUACCACAUCUUCGCUCCAUCACGAAUACGUCAUACUUCCCUACGGACGAGAUUGACCAAGCACCAGCUGAAGCCCUGGUAGCGGACUCUGCUGAUGCUCAAAAGGACCUUGCGUUCCUCGGAUGUACCUUCAAGCGAUUCACCAUCUAUGAUUGGGCAACAACCCGUUGCCUGUAUCCCUCCGAGUCUUACAAGACAGCCUCAGUAGCUGAACGUGUCCUUGAAUCUGACUUCAAUCAUGUGUGGGAGCCUGACAGGACAGUGAAACACCCAAGUGGCUUCAUUCCUCCAACUCCCGCCAACAAAUUCAAGUAUUCCGAUAGUGCCAGUCUUGAGCGGGGCCUCACAGGUGCUAUUAGCAGACAAUGCGCCUGUGAUGCUGGUAACACGAGCUCCACGAUCAUGAAGGGCCAUCGUUUGCACACCACUGCCGUUGUGCAUGCAAGUGAAGUAGCGCUUCCAACCUGUCUCGUGCAGCCUGUACCCGCUCCUGAGGUUGACUCUCAGGUUUCUUCGGGGCCCUCUGAAAAAUUGGCAAACUCAAUAUCCGCGAUGAAGUCAUGCUCACACCGCUCUACAAGGCUCAUCAAAACCAUGUUGAGCAAGGGCGGGAGGAAACGGAGAAAGAGACAGAGGUUUAGUCGAGGCCCCGGUGGGGAACGCAAGACGGACAUCGACUCGGACAAAGAGGAGGAGGAUGGGGAAGAAUUCUCGCUCAUUAAUAUUCGGCCCCGUGUGUUGGGUGCUGGAUACACCGAGAUUGGAGCAAAUGAUGCGAAGCUGCGGUUCAUUCGGGAGUAG